GUCGAGAGUGCACCGUCAUCUGACUCCGCUUCCAGACCUCUUCCAUUUUCGUUUAUUUUUUAAUAGAGUGUCACUGCCUCGUCACACCACCCUGUUCUCCUGUCAGUACCCAUUGUUUGAGUUCCGUUUGACCUGGGCAUUGCCUUUCUCUGUUCCGUUGUCUCGCUUCCUCGCUCGGAUAGAACUGUCAUUGUUGAAAGCGAUUCUCCUUUCUUUUUUUUUUACGUUUUCCUUCUUCGCUUGUUCGUCCACACCCAUUAUCAUCAUCUAUUUCUCUCUCUCUCUCGCUCUCUCUCGCCCGUGCCAUGACCUCCGCCAGCACGAGGUGAUGAAUGAGGUCACCCUUGAGGUCGCUGCCGGCUUGAACUCGACGCUGAGCCAGGUCACCUCGGCCCUCAGGUGGGUGCUGGCGUGCCUGACCUCGGUUCUCCUGGACGAGGAAGGUCAGGUGUCCACCAGGUCGCUGCAACAGGUCAGAGAGACUGCUGUUACUGGCUGGACUGAUUUGAUUUGGUGGCUCGGCUUUACUCCUCUUCAAAGCCAUGUUUUUAAAGCCUUUGCCAUCAUUCUGGUUGUCAAUUUUGUUCUGAUUACGGUAUUCUGGUAUGUGUAUGCCCAGCGGAUCUCACACACUCUCUCUUACAACAGCCUACGCAUAGUUGAGGACAUCCUGAAGAGGAACACAAACUUCAAAAUCAACAAAGAUAAUCCUGCCCGCCCUUAAUAUUUAACUCAAGGAAGGAACAAUGGAUGCUUUAAAGAAAUUCUUUGAAAAGAAGAAAGCUGACACCAAAUUCAAGCUUGCAGGCAAAGGGCACAGUUUGACCAAGGAGGAGAGUGAGCGCGCCAAACAACCAAGACAGAGUCACUCACAGCAGAGGCAUGUUCCAACACAGGAUGCCCAGCGAGCUGGCGCUGCAGCUCUGGCUAGGAUGGAGACGCAGUCUAAGCGAGUUGAUGUUAACUGGUCCCUCCAAGCCAUCAAGGCCCAAGCCAGACGAGAGCUGGAGGCUGAGCAGAAGGCCUUAGAGCAGCUGAACCUUGAGAGCCAGGCAGCACCACCAGGGCCCAAGGAGGUCAGCCUGGAGGCAGCACCCAUGCUUGCUGUACAAGGAGUCUUCUUCCACUGUCCUUUACUUGGGCCAGAAGUUGCAACUUAUGAAGAAAUCAAAAGACAAAUCCGUGAAUUUCUAUUUUCUCAGAUAGAAGAAGAUAAAGGCAUAGCAGCUUGCCUCAUUAUUCAAACUUGUAACAAAAACAAAGAAAAGAUUAAUGUGUGUAAUGAAACUUUGUGCAAGUAUAUUGAAAACAUUGUUUCCAACCCUACGGAGGAAAAGUAUAGAAAGAUCAGGAUGUCAAACAAAGCUUUUCAAGAAAGGAUUCUACCUAUUGAAGGGACUAAGGAAUUCCUUGAAGCUGCAGGAUUUGUCGUGCAGGAACUACCUUUUAAUGAAGGAACUGACAAGUUUUGGGUGUUUCCAGAAGACAAGCUUGCAGAUCUGAGUACUUUAGAGCAGUUGCGUGAUGCUCUGGUAAGUGCUGAACCUGUACGACCUCAGCUGGACCGAAGUGCAAGAGUUCUUUUGCCGACUGAGGCUGCCUCGCACACAGACUUGCCUGCAGAAUUUUUCAACCUAACAGCAGAGGAACUUAAAAAGGAAAUGCAGCAAAGAGCUACUGCAGUGGAGCGGAGUAUGAUACUCCAGACAAAGGCUAUGCGUGAUCGCCAAGAGUUGAGGGAAAUGAGAAAGUAUAGGUUUAGUUUAAUGAGGGUACGCUUCCCAGAUGGCCUAAUUCUCCAGGGAACCUUUGGGACAUAUGAGAAGUUUGGGGAAGUGAUGAGCUUUGUACGGGAACAUCUACAGAAUGACUGGCGGCCAUUCUUUUUAAGCCUCAGCAGUGGUGGAAAGAUAACAGAAGAGGAUCAGAGCCUGGUUGAACUUCGAUUGGUACCAGCUGUUGUCUUCAAUUUUACGUGGGAUUCAAGUGUGACAGAUCCAAACUUGGACGAUAGCCUUUACCUCAAACAGGAUACCUUGAUGCUCUUACAGAAUAUGUCUUAGAUGGAAGGCUCUCCAUUUUAAAUAAAAAAAAUAUCCAUGGUGUCUUUUGUACAUACCAGCCAUUGAUCAGUCAGGUGAGAGUAUACAUGUAGUGUUAAAUUUGACAACUUUUUUCGUUGAUAGGAAUUAAUGUAAUUCAUCAUUAUAGGUCAGUUUAUUAGUCAUAUUUAAUCAGUUGUAAUUUGAAUUUACUAUCAUUUCCAAUGUUUAAAAACACCAAAAUAUUAAUACACACACAUAUAUAUGAUGUGAUAAGGCAAUGUUUCUUGAUAUAUAUACAGAACAAACAGCUAUCAUGCUUUGAUGUGCAAGAUAUUUGCCUGCUGGCUCAUAAAAACAUGUGAUACUAGUUUCCCAAAUACUGCUGAUAAAGUAUUAUAUCAGGAGUCCGAAGUUUAUAUUACCAUGUUAUUGAAUCUUCCUAAAUCUGCUAAAGGAGGUAUCACACAAGCUAGUUUUCUCGCACAACCUUCAGUGUUCAUGGAACAGUGUUUUGUGCUCUGCAGUGUGAAAUAGGAACACAUGAUUUUUUGAAUUAUUUAUUACUAUUAUAAUACUGUACUUUAAUCAGACAAAUUUAACUAGUAGGAAAAUUGUAUAGUUUGCAGAUUAUGACUUGAUGCAAACUGCAAAAGAUAGGGCAAGAAAUUACAUAUUAAUUAGAAGUUCACUUACAUUAGGACCUGUCCAUAUGUGGGCAAACAUAAUAACCCUAUUACAAUCAAGGUGGGCAAAAUUGGAGAAACAAUAGGCUUUGCCAAUAGUCUUGAUAAAAUGCCCCAAAUCAAGUCCUGACUGAGACAGCCUAGUCUUCCUGUGGACACAGAAUGAGUGUGCAUAUCCAUGGUUCAUCUUGGUGCCAAGGAUUCAUUAACUAAAUGUGGCACUGGUGUUUACCAGAUCUGAGGCUUUAGUUUUCUUGAUUAUAAUGUCAUCAGACCUUAUUCCUGCCACCAACUAAGUUCAGGUAAUCAUUUUGCCCACAUUGACUUAAAUCAUCAUAUGCACAGGGCUGUAGUCAUUUAUUGCCAUCAUACUUUGUAUCACAAUUCUUGAAUAACAUCUUAUUUGGAAGCCCAUCAUUCAUCUUUCUAAGCCAUGUCCAGACAAGCAGGCAAGAUAAGCAGGCAUGGCUGAGAAGUGAUGUUAGAGAUGAGCAAACUACUGGCUAAACAGCCAAUUUGAGUGGAAAUAGUUGUCUAGCCAGUGGUAUCCCUGCCCUGCCUGUCACUUCUGAGGCAUGCCAUCAAUCAUGCCACUCCUCUAGACAUGCUCUUUUAAUGUAUAUCAAUAAAAGCAUAAUAAUUGGAAGGCUCCAAUAAUUAUGACCUGCGUUCCCAAGGAAAAACUACCACCCCCUCCCCUCUCCCAGGCCCAUCCACGUGAUCAGACAGCCUGGCAGGCAUUACUUAUCACGGGGCUGUGUAUUGUAUGUGGGCAGUUCUAAUGUCCUUCAUAAGUGUCUGAGGCCAGUCAAUCCUGGGCAGAAGCUAGAGCAGGUGGUCAACAGAUGUUCAGGACAAGCUUAUGUAAAGAAUGUAGUUUGUAUUUGCGUAAAGUGAACUACCAAUUUACAAUUAGGCCAUAAAAUGAAGCAUAAGAUUUUUAAAUUGAUUUAGUUUGAUACACUAUGAUAAAUACUGUAGGCUUUAAGUUUGAUCAUGUGAAUGGGCCUUUAUUUUUCGUUACUUUUCAUAAAGAAACAUCUAUCCACUGUUCGAAACUGACAGGGUAAUAUACUUUUUGGAAUGUAAUACCCAACAAAAUUUGCUGCUUGUGUGAUAACCUCAUGUUUAAUUAGAGUAUCAAGACAAUGUUACCUGCCACACAGUUGUGCAAGAUGCGCAUUUACAGAUUUCUUGGGAGUGUUAGCAUUGCAAAUGUGGGCAAUCUAAUAGCAGCCUUUUUGUGUGUAUAUAAAUUAUUUCGGCUGAAUAUUUCAUUCAUCAGUUGACACUAGUCACUGUAUUCAAAGGUAUCUUGUCCGGUGCCAGUGCUAUCUGCAUUUUGCCAAUUAAAGACUGUUCCUAUUGUAUUUUGUAAACUUGUUACAGCUAGUUGUGCAUGUAGUUUCUCAAAUCCCCGUUUAGUAGUUAUUCAAUUUCAUUAAAUGCAGUUUUGAAAACCAAUAAACAGUGGACACCCAGUUUGAAAUAAUAAAUUAUGUACAGUAUACUGCUUGUGUAGCUGGAUAAUAUAUUUUGAUACUAAGCCUAAUAAGGUAAUAAGACAGAGCAGCUACAUUGUGACAAUGGUAUGGAAUUUUCUGGUAGAAAAAAAUCCCCUCGGCUACAAUGCACAGUGAUGGUAAUCUAUCGUGUAGUGUCGAAUGUAUUGUGCAGAAAUUCAGUGCUUAUUGAGGAGACAUUCCAGUUUUUUUGUUUUUGUUUUUUUCUGAUCUACUCUGUGCUCUACAUGAUUGGUAAUGUGCAUCAUAUUGAAAUGAAACCUUUAGUGAACAAACAGUGGCAUGUAUGUGGUACCUUGUAUUUUCUUAAUUAAGAGGACACAUUUAAGAAACAUGGAGUCGUAGUGAGAAACACUUAUUAUAAAAUGCUAGCAGUUUCUUAUUUUUUUGAAACAUUUGGCCAAGCUUAUUUUCCAUUGUAAAGCCUUACAGCAAAUUUGUGCACUGCAAUUAAAGGAAGUAAAACAAAGUUUGUUCCCUCUGGGUUUUAUUGUACUCAAGUUAGCGUAGACAUUUUUCCAACUUGUUUUCAGGAAUAAUCCAUGAAGUCAGAUAAAUGUAUUCUGUAAUAAUUGAUGUAUUAUUAACCUUUUCAGACUGUAAAAAAAAACAAAAAGUUUUAGUAAAUUAAAAGACACACAAUGUAGUAUUGAAAUAACCAUUUCCAUGGCUUGAUUUGAGGUACCUUUUUUAUAUCAAGAAUUUGAUCAUAGAUCUAAAGAAGAAAAAAUAAAAGAAAGGAAAUUCACUUGUAUUCAGAUCUUUCAUCCUUAGAUUAUAUACCCAAAUUAUGUUGUAUAUCCAUUAAAUAAAAACUUAUAAACUC